UGCUGUCAUUAAUAAUGGCAUUUGUCAGCGCAAAUGCGACAUUAAAGCAAUGCUGUAAUUUGCAUUCCACCGAAAAUAUUCAAAGAAAUGAUGAUCAUCUGAUAAAUUUUAUUGUUAAUGGUAGUAGUAGUAGUAAUGAUAAUUAUGAUGAUAAUGAUGAUAGUGGUUACAAUAGUAGUAUUCGUGGCAAAAAUGAGUACAAAUCAAUCAAAUGCAAAGCUCAAUGCAAUGCACAAUGGAAAAGCGAUUUUCAUACACAUUUUCAAAAAAAUUACGACGAAGAAUUUUAUGAAUUUCCAUUGGAUGAAUUAAUCACCGCAUCAUUUGAUAAUUUUUACACAUUUUGCAAUAUAACGGAACAGAAAUUAGCAUGUUGGAAUAUGCAAUGUGAAAUGAAUCGUAAGCAGAUUCCAUGGAGUAGUGAUUUACAUAUUUGUGCCUACAAAAGAUUGCAAUUCGAGAAGGCACUUCGUUGUUUGAAGUAA